AUGUCCGGCGGUCCCGCGGCGGUCUCGUUCCUCACCAACAUCGCCAAGGCGGCGGCGGGCCUCGGCGCCGCGGCCUCCCUCCUCUCGGCGUCGCUCUACACCGUGGACGGCGGCGAGCGCGCCGUCGUCUUCGACCGGUUCCGCGGGGUGCUGCCGGAGACGGUCGGCGAGGGCACCCACUUCAUCGUGCCGUGGCUCCAGAAGCCCUACAUCUUCGACAUCCGCACGCGCCCGCACAACUUCUCCUCCAACUCCGGCACCAAGGACCUGCAGAUGGUAAACCUCACCCUCCGCCUCCUCUCCCGCCCCGACGUCGUCAACCUGCCCACCAUCUUCACCUCCCUUGGCCUCGAGUACGACGACAAGGUGCUCCCCUCCAUCGGGAACGAGGUGCUCAAGGCCGUCGUUGCCCAGUUCAACGCCGACCAGCUCCUCACCGACCGUCCCCACGUCUCGGCGCUCGUCCGCGACUCCCUCAUCAAAAGGGCCCGUGAGUUCAACAUCAUACUCGACGACGUCGCCAUCACCCACCUCUCCUACGGCGCCGAUUUCUCCCAGGCCGUCGAGAAGAAGCAGGUCGCCCAGCAGGAGGCUGAGCGCUCCAAGUUCUUGGUCGCCAAGGCCGAGCAGGAGAGGCGCGCUGCCAUCGUGCGUGCUGAGGGAGAAAGUGAGUCUGCACGCCUCAUUUCUGAGGCCACCGCCAUCGCUGGGACAGGGCUGAUCGAGCUCAGGAGGAUCGAGGCUGCCAAGGAGAUCGCCGCGGAGCUUGCCCGCUCACCCAACGUUGCCUACAUCCCCUCUGGUGACAACGGCAAGAUGCUGCUCGGCCUCAACGCUGCUGGAUUCGGCGAGACAAUGAUAUCUGUUGCUGUAGGUCUUUAA